CGGAGAUGGCGGACCGUGGCCCCGCGGCCGUGACGCGACCAGCGGGACCGCCAUUGGACGAGGCAUCCUGAGGGACGGACGAGGCGUCUUGAGGGACGGACCAGCCUGCCGCCCAAGCCGAGAGCGGGCUAGUGGCCCCGAGAGAACGCGGAUGAUGGAGGCCAACGUGCCGAAGCGGAAGGAGCCCACCAAGUCCCUCCGCAUCAAAGUCAUCUCCAUGGGCAACGCCGAAGUGGGGAAAAGCUGCAUCAUAAAGCGGUACUGUGAGAAGAGGUUUGUGUCUAAAUACCUGGCAACCAUCGGAAUUGACUAUGGAGUUACAAAGGUGCAAAUCAGAGACAGAGAAGUCAAGGUCAACAUCUUUGAUAUGGCUGGGCAUCCCUUCUUCUAUGAGGUUCGGAAUGAGUUUUACAAGGACACGCAGGGUGUGAUCCUGGUCUAUGACGUUGGGCAGAAAGACUCCUUCGAUGCCCUUGAUGCGUGGCUGGCAGAAAUGAAGCAGGAGCUUGGGCCUCAUGGAAACAUGGAGAAUAUCAUAUUUGUAGUGUGCGCCAACAAGAUCGACUGUGCCAAGCACCGCUGUGUAGAUGAAAGUGAAGGGCGCCUGUGGGCGGAGAGCAAAGGGUUCCUGUACUUCGAAACUUCGGCACAAACUGGGGAAGGAAUCCAUGAGAUGUUCCAGACCUUUUACGUAUCCAUUGUUGAUUUAUGUGAAAAUGGCGGAAAGCGGCCUGCCACAAACAGCAGUGCUAGUUUCACCAAAGAGCAAGCAGACACCAUUCGCAGAAUCCGAACCAGUAAAGACAGUUGGGAUAUGCUGGGAGUCAAGCCUGGGGCCUCAAGGGAUGAAGUCAACAAGGCAUACCGAAAGCUGGCUGUACUGCUGCAUCCCGACAAGUGCGUGGCACCCGGCAGUGAAGAUGCCUUCAAGGCUGUAGUGAAUGCCCGGACCGCCUUGCUGAAGAACAUCAAGUAGCAGGCGGGGGCACUGCCAGGCUGGGCCACUGGUGCAAACCCAGAUGCCCUCCUGCCAGCCAUUCGUACACCAGGCACUGAGCGCCCAGUGCCCUUCAUUGACAUUUUACGGAGUGGCAUGUGACUCUUUGAGGCCCAGAAGACCAAGCAUCACUCACAUACCUGUGCCCUGGCAUCUUUCCAGAUGGAGAUGGCCAGAACCAGCAGAGCCCUGGGUUGGGGAGUUCGGUGCGGUCUUGCAAGGCAGCUGCUCCUGACACUGUGAGUUCCCUGGCAUUUCCAGAGAAGACAAGCGCUUACACUUGUGCCAGGGAUCAGUGUGUGACAAACAGUGCAAUAUUAAGCCGUGCAAUAGAGGCCCUGCAGGUGACGUGCCUGUUGUUGGGAAGUCAGACCGCUUGGGCAUCCCUUCCCCCUUCGACUGUGAAUGCAGAAUGCACAGUGUGUUAAACAAACAAGUCCUUGCUCUUACAAGGUAAUUUACAUAUUUGCUUUCUGUUGAAAUAACUGAAAAUGCUAAAUCUACCACUUGUUUUUGUCUGAUAAACAGAGUGUCAUAUGUAUUUAAGUUGUGUAUUUUUAUAAAGUAAAACCAAAUAUCAA